GUCGACAAUGUGCUCGUAUCGAGUCGUUAUUCGAGAGAAGUUCUUUUGCAUCAUUCGAUUUUGAUGCGGGAAAGCUGAUCUGCGGAGUGGCCCGAGCUUGGCGAACGCGAGUUGCCUAGUCCUCCGGGAGCUUAACAGCUACCACCGCUUUCUACAUUUUAAACACCCUUCAUCCAUCAAAACAGCACAGCGCUGGGUAUAAUCCAGAAGUUAUUCAUCAAAGAUAAUACUUUUGCAUUGAGCGGCCUCUACAAUCUUUUCGAGAUAUCCCUGCUACCUUCAACAGAAUGUCAAGACGUUACGAUUCCCGGACUACGAUCUUCUCACCUGAGGGACGACUUUAUCAGGUUGAAUAUGCCCUUGAAGCUAUCUCUCACGCCGGCACAGCCAUCGGAAUUCUAGCCCAAGAUGGAAUCGUUCUCGCUGCUGAGAGGAAGGUGACGAGCAAGCUUCUGGAGCAGGACACGUCCGCGGAGAAGCUCUAUAUCCUUAACGAUAACAUGAUUUGCGCUGUCGCCGGGAUGACUGCCGAUGCUAACAUUCUCAUCAACUAUGCCCGCCAGGCUGCUCAACAAUACCUUUUAACAUACAACGAAGAGAUACCAUGUGAACAACUUGUUCGUCGUCUAUGUGAUUUGAAGCAGGGAUACACGCAGCACGGUGGUCUAAGACCGUUUGGUGUCUCCUUCAUCUACGCUGGCUACGACCAACUCCGGCAAUUCCAACUUUACCAGAGCAACCCUAGUGGUAACUACGGUGGCUGGAAAGCAACAAGUGUUGGUGCCAACAAUGCGGCUGCUCAGAGUCUCUUGAAGCAGGACUAUAAGGAGGAGUGUGAUCUCAAGGAGGCUUGUGCUCUAGCUGUGAAAGUCUUGAGCAAGACGAUGGACUCUACGAAGUUGAGCAGCGAGAAAAUCGAAUUCGCAACCGUUGGAAAGACCAAGGACGGAAAGAUCUACCAUCAUCUCUGGGGCGCUGACGAGAUUAAUGCAUUGUUGAGACAGCAUGGACUGGCCAAGGAAGAAGAGACCGAAUCCUAGUUGUUAAUAGAGAUGUUUUCAUAAUUUCUACAGAAAUAAAGACAUCGAAUGACGUAUUGAC